AUGCCGGCCGGCGGCCCAAUGGCGAGGCACCAACAUGCCAACCACAGGGCCUGUCUCAUCUCUAAUCCAUCUCCCAUCGACGUGAGAGAUGACGAGCAGCGGGGGAGGCAUGGGCUGGGCGUCUCUGAUUGGAAAGCGUCGGAGAAAAAGGAAGCAGGAAUAGAAGAUGUGGAAAUGCGCCGUCAGCCCCCAAAAGAGCGCCGGCGUGCGCCCAACAGGCUGGCUGCCGCUGGCGGCCGGGGAUUGAUCAGCACUGCAACAAGUCUGCAGACAGUACUCCGUACGCAGUGCUCCAUGCCGUGCGCCGUCCUCACAUGA